AUGCCAUUCAGAGCACGUCUGAACCCUUCAAGUCUCACCCGUCGUCGACAUGCUCGUCAAUUAUGGUCAUCCAAACUAUCCCCUUCGACCAUAUCCUCCUCCAGCUCAAAAGGGGUCAAUGACUUCUCCCCUAUCUUACCUCAUACACAUUCUAGACCUUACUCUUCCAUCUUAUCACCUAUCACCUCUCUCCUCACUCCUCCACGUUCAUCCCCUGAAACUCCCCGGGACCCCAUAAUCGACCUCCUCGACCAGAUAACCUCUCAGAACAUAUCUUUAGCAGAAAAUAUCUAUACCUCUCUUCUCUCAUCCCCGAUUCUUCCUGCUGACCUCACGGCUAUACUCACAUCUCUAUCUAUCAUCCCGAAUUUCGAAGCAUUAUCAUUCUCACGUCGAAUAUACUCCGACAUCUCAACCACUUUCCGUCAACCUAUACUCUCUUCCCACAAAACAGCUUUCAUACAACAUCUACUGCUAUGUCAACAACACACCGAAGCACUAGUAUUAGCUGGAGAAGAUCCCACAGCACCAUGGACAAACAUCUUACAAGCCUCAAUAGGAACACCAGAAUUCCCUAAUGUGUUAGAGAAAUUGAAAAGGAGUAGAAUGUUAGAAUUAGAAGAAUAUACUCUAGUCCUCAAACAUUUAAGAAUGACCAUUCCUGAAGACGCAAAACAACAAAUGAGAGAUACGUUGAGAGAAAUGGGGAAAAGAGGUUUGAUAUUAGAUUCUGAUGGACAAAUAGAGGUUUUGAAAUUACAUAUGAUCUUCGGUGAUUGGGAUAGAGCUAGAGAGACUGUGGAUUAUUGGAGACAUUAUAAGUGGACUAAUGGGAUGAGAGAGGUGGCUUUGGAAUUGGAUUUUAGGGAUCCUAUGCGUUUUCAGGAUGAAGUUGAGAUUGCCCAUGAAGCAUCGGAGGAACACGAAGUUGCAUCAGAAGAGAAACAGGAUACGAGGAUACGACGAGAUGACGGGGAUCUAGCUCGAACACCACUUCCUGAUCAAGAUAGGGAUAUACGCCCUACGGUCGAAGGCUUCGUCAAAGACAGUCCUGAGGGAAUACAACGGAUAACUUUAUGGAGAAGAAGAGAUACUACGUUGACUGUGAUUCUUGCGGAAUUGCGAAGUCAGGAUCUACUCAAGAUGAGACUGGAAGAUAUCAUCGAUAUAGUCGAAAGUUCAUCCCGGGCGAACGAUAUAGUGCCUACUUUAUCUAUGUGGGCUAGGAUUAUCUUUCAUAUAAUCCCACUUAACCUCACCCUGGGAAAAGAUAUAUAUCAUCAUGUCGUUUCUCUCGGUCUUCACCCCUCAGCUUCUUUGGCGUUGACUGUCAUUCGACCACUUUGUCUUUCCCGACCUCCCAUGUUGGAAGAGGCAUUGAAAAUUCUACAGACUCUACCCGAGAGAUCAGCUCCAAGUCUGUCUUUAGAGAAGAUCUUUCAAGUUUUGUUAUUCGCUUGUUCGAGGCUCGCUUUCCCUUUCCCCUCCACCUCCUCUGUUUCUUCACUUCCGCUCUCAUCUCCAUCCGAUCCAUCAUCUUCCCUACCGACUACCUCAGAUCCACCCAGCCAAUUUGCAGCAUUUCAACAACCAACACCCCAAUCUCUCUCAACAUCUCUAUCCAGAAAGACUGCUUCCAACUCUGACAACACCAAAUUUGCUAUCUCCACCGCCCUACAUCUCCUCAACCAAAUGCAUAACCUUUCCCUCUCCCUCCCACCUCAAUCCCUCACAUCAAUCAUAAUACUCCUCAUGUCAUCUUCCCCUUCUCAUCAAACCGCUUUCCAACUUUACUCACACUUCCGAUCCCUUUCCCCGAUCCCAUUCAGCUAUAAAGAUUAUACCGCCAUUCUAACUUGUUUUCUCCGACUAUCUCUACCUUCUUCCCCUUACGCACCCCCCGAUUUAUUCUUUCACUUAGUGAGGGAUAUGCGACAAGAAGGUUAUAGACCAGGUUCAGAAAUCUUGGCUUCUUUACUUCGCUCUUAUGCUCUCUUAGCUAGACGACUUAGAAAAUCACCUAAAUAUCUCUAUCCCACAUCUACUCUCUCUCACACUCAAUCGUCUCAAUCAUCUUUCUUCCAAUCUACAAAACCUAAUAUCUCAACUCUAUCUAAUCUCCAACAUCCCUAUGAGUCGAUGAAGAAAUCAGGAGACAAUAGAUCUCAAGAAAAUACAUUCAAUGAAAAAUUGGAUAACCUAUUAAAAGCAAUAAACGAAGUUAACACUCUCAUAAAACUUGAUCCUAAUAUCGAACCUACCAUCCCUCUCUUAAACUCCCUUCUUAUCGCUUUUUCAAAUGUAGGAGCAUACGAGGAAGCAUUAUCAGUAUGGGAUAGUCUUUUAUUACGUCGGCCUCAUGAAGAUCAAAAUCGAUUAGAAGAUAUUUAUGGAACUAGCGUUUGUGCUGUUUUAGAUACUUGCGGUUGGGCUGGGUUGAAGGUACGAGCUGAGAAAGUUUGGGGAUGGGCUGGAAGAUGGGGUGUGAGAGGUGAGAAAGAAUGGGAAACUUGGGUUGAAUGUUGGUGUAGGUUAGGGAAGUUUGAAGAGGCUAUAAAGGCUGUGGUGGGGUUGAAGAGAAAUACAUCGUCGAUAACGUCAAUUUAUGUCAAUCAUUCAUCUCCAAAGUCUUUCACCACCUCUGCUUCUCCUUCCUCGACACCCAACACUUUGUCAAUCGCAUCACACUCCUUCGUUGCUCCAUCGUCCCUCGAAAAAGAUCCCCACCAAGUUCUUCAACCACAUAGUCACAUGCUUCAUGAAGAGACGCCGAGGGAUGAGUACGGACACCAGAACCCAGCUUUGGCACCCAAAAUGAGGACCGACGACGAGCCGACGGAAGUAAAACCGACAAAAGAGAUGAUACGUAUCUUGCUCAAGUUUAGCUGGCGUGAUAGAAAAGCAUAUAGGGUAGUGCAGGAAAGAGUCAGGGUGGAAUUCCCAGAAUGGUGGGAGGAGCUUAAAGGUGUGGUGGGGCGAUAG